UGCACCACGCAGGAAGUCAUUCGUCCCCGUGAAGUCACAGUGUCCCUACCUGGAGCUGUAGAGCAGAACGCGCUCUCUGUUUCAUUGUGCAAAAUGCCGCCAUCCAACAAGAAGAAAAAGCUGAAGCAGCAACAGCACUUUUCCUUCAUGACUACCGCACUGACACAAAUGGCGACAACAUGGAAACCUCCUCCACGAAGGAGGACGAAGAUGUUGUGGCUCAGGUGCAUUGUGGGUGAUCUGCGUGGAGGAGGAAGACUCCUGAGAGGUCUUCCUCACGCCGCCCGCCCCCUGCUGACCUCAGAGAGUCAGCGGGUCAGACCGCCUCAUCGCGGCGGCCUUCCUCAGAGGCGUUUCCUGUCUGGGGGCCAGGACUCGUCCUCCGCCCGUCUGAAGCUGAGGACGCGCCUGGGGGUGACGCUGCUGUUCGGCGGCGGCCUGCUGGCCACGUGGGGCUUCGUGUACUCGGAGAAGCAGCAGCAGCGGCGACGGCAGCGCGUGGAGCAGCUGCGGCGGGUGGCGCUGGGUCAGGGCGACUUCAGCCUCCUGGACCACAGCGGGCGGCGCCGCACCAAGAAGGACUUCCUGGGCAGCUGGGUGCUGCUGUACUUCGGCUUCACGCACUGUCCCGACAUCUGUCCCGACGAGCUGGACAAGCUGAGCGCCGCGGUGUCGGCGCUGGACCGGGACGCCUCGCUGCCGCCCGUCCAGCCCGUCUUCAUCACCGUGGACCCGGAGCGGGACGACGUGCCGGCGCUGGCCCGCUACGUCAAAGACUUCCACCCCCGUCUGAUCGGACUGACGGGGACCCCGGAGGAGGUGAAACACGCGGGGCGGGACUACAGAGUGUACGCCAGCGCCGGGCCCAAGGACGAGGACGGGGACUACAUCGUGGAUCACAGCAUCCUGAUCUACCUGGUCAGUCCGGACGGGCUCUUCCUGGACUACUACAACCGCAUGAAGAGCGAGGAGCAGAUCGCCGAGAGCGUCCGGAACCACAUCACCAGCUACGUCCCGCUGGGAGGCACCUGA